AUGUCCAACAGCAGUCCUGAUAGCCCUGCCAGCUUUAAAAUUCAUAGAAAUGAAGAGAUUAAUCAAGCAUUAAGUAUGGGUUCUAAAGAAGAUCUUCUUCAUGAUAAAUUUAUAAGAACCAAGUUGAUUUUGUAUUCCAAAAUUGUAAAGCACAUGUUGAAUUUAGAUGAAAUAAAUAAUUUCAGAAAUAUCAAUUUAAAUAUAAGUGCUGGUAAAUCCUCCAUCAUCAAGGAAUUUACCCAUAUUAAUGAGAAUUUUAUCGAAGAGAAAUAUAUGUCACAAUUAAUUUUAUAUUUCGACACUUGCAAACUUUAUCAGUUGUUUAAGACUCGAGAUUCAUCUAUAAUGCCACUAUUUGACGGUUUCCAAUAUCUUGAUGAGAUAACUACCUAUCAUGAAAAAGUAGAUUACUUUUUUGAAUUCUUUUAUCAAAUUGGUCAUUAUAUAGAAUCCAAUUAUAUCCAAUAUGGUCCACAUGAUUUUAAUACUCUUCUGGUAUUUAUUAAAAGUGAUUUCAAUGCUAGAAGAACAAGGUAUUUUAAUAAAUACCAUAGAAAUGACUUUAUCCUUCAAGAUAUUGAAGAAUUUCUUCUUGAUUAA